UAAUGCAUAUAUACAGAGUGUUACACACAAUGCGUUCCGCUCCACAACCAAACGAACUGUAAACCGUUAAGCAGAGCAACGUGCAAUUCAAAUACACAAAAAGGGCCAAACAGAAAUGUCAAAGCACCGCACUCUUUUUCCCCCCACACACACACACAGACAGACAGACACAGAGACGCAGCCAGCCUUUGAUAUUUGAUAUUGACGCCCGCAGGAAAUAAAGCACAGCACAAGCCAAGAUGUUCAUUUGGGAUUGGUUUACGGGUGUUCUGGGAUACUUAGGUCUAUGGAAAAAGUCCGGCAAACUAUUGUUCCUUGGCUUGGAUAAUGCUGGUAAAACCACAUUAUUGCAUAUGCUCAAAGAUGAUAAGCUAGCGCAGCAUGUGCCAACACUGCAUCCAACAUCCGAGGAGCUGUCCAUCGGCAAUAUGCGUUUCACUACAUUCGACUUGGGUGGACACACUCAGGCACGUCGUGUCUGGAAGGAUUACUUCCCAGCUGUGGAUGCCAUCGUCUUCUUGAUAGACGCCUGGGAUCGCGGCCGCUUCCAGGAGAGCAAAAACGAACUGGAUUCGCUGCUCACAGAUGAGGCGCUCUCCAACUGCCCCGUGCUCAUAUUGGGCAACAAAAUUGAUAAGCCCGGUGCGGCCAGCGAGGAUGAGCUGAGAAAUAUGUUUGGACUGUAUCAGUUAACAACCGGAAAGGGCAAAGUUGCACGCUCCGAUUUGCCAGGACGCCCAUUGGAAUUGUUCAUGUGCUCCGUGCUGAAGCGACAGGGUUAUGGCGAGGGUUUCCGUUGGUUAGCGCAGUAUAUCGAUUAAGCCAUGAUUAACACAUAACAAACAUAAUUCAACAACAACAAACCACAAACUUGGCUAAAACAAAUUCAGAAUGGACAAACAAAAACAACACAGAAACCGACAGUAAGCAAAAUGAAGCUGCGAGCGCAAUUUUCAAUUUAUACACAAUGAUAAACAAUAAACAUAAAUGAAAACAGAACAUCAACUUAAUUAAAUAAAACCAAUAUUUUAAACAAAAAAGAAAGGACACAAAGAAAAAAAGUGCAAAAACUCUUAUAAAACUUCAACGUAGACAACAACAAUAAAACGGGAAAACUUAAGGAACGCGUGGGAAAAGCUUUUAAACAAUAAUUAUGUAUGAAUAAUAAAUUGUAGCAAAUUAAAGGUGAUUUUUUUAAGGACAUGUGCUUGCUUGUGUUCCGUAAAUAAAUUUUAUUAUUUAAACAUUUUAA